AUGUACUCACAACAUGCCACCAUGGCACCUCAAAAGCCAGAAACCUUCAUGCUGAGUACCGAAGCGCAGCAGGCAUUGCCGCACGAUGCUCAGGUUGCACUUCAGCAAGUAGAUAAUUUGAAAUAUUUUCUCAUCUCAGCGCCAGUUGAUUGGCAACCAGACCAGUACAUUCGCCGAUUUUUACUGCCCACCGGCGAAUAUGUCUCUUGCGUUUUGUGGAACAAUCUCUUUCAUAUCUCUGGCACCGACAUUGUACGAUGCCUGUCAUUCAGAUUCCAGGCAUUUGGCCGCCCUGUCAAAAACUCUAAGAAGUUUGAAGAGGGUAUUUUCUCUGAUUUACGAAACCUGAAGUCUGGCACCGAUGCGUCCUUGGAGGAACCCAAGAGUGCAUUCCUUGACUUCCUCUACAAGAAUAAUUGCAUUCGGACACAAAAGAAGCAAAAGGUUUUCUAUUGGUACAGUGUUCCACAUGACCGCCUCUUUUUGGACGCCCUUGAGCGGGAUUUGAAGCGAGAGAAGAUGGGCCAGGAAGCCACCACAGUGGCAGUCAGCGAGCCUGCGUUGUCCUUCCAAUACGACUCAUCUCAGUCCUUGUACGAGCAACUCACCAAGACGCAACAAGCCAACUCGUCUUCGUUCAAUGCCCAGCAGGCGACAUCGUUUUCUCAAGGCCAGUCGACCUCCCCUGUAAUGAGGGCCAUGGACUCUAUGCCACCCCCGAGCAUGAUGCCUCAAACCAUGGCAGCGCCCAUGGGUGAACCAAUGGACCACAUGGUUUCUUACGAAGCUAUGCCGAUGGCUGCCGCAGUUCCCCAACAAGUUGCCCACGUCAAAAGAGAACCCGACUUCACCCGUGUUCAGUAUAACCAAAACGGCGUCCCAAUCACACACGGCCAUCAAAGACAUGCGUCCAUGCCUGCCUACGGUUUAGAGUACUCUCCUGCCCCAUCCUUCGUUUCCUCUCAGUACGAGGAUUAUAGCAACCGAGGCAUCUCUUUCGAACCAAUCACCCCGCCUCAGCAAGCUCUGGGUAUGACGGGAGAGCCUGCAUAUAUCGCCAACGAGGAGACCGGAUUGUAUUCCGCUAUCCCCGAUCAUCUCUCUGGCGUGAACGGCCUCAAUGGCAUGGUGCAGUUGCCUCCUUCAAACCUGGCCGGAUCGCAGUUCACCCGUUCGUACGGCACAAACAAUGUUUACUCUGUCAUUGAAGGCUCCCCGACAUACAAGCAACGACGACGUCGAUCUUCGAUUCCGCCAUCUAUGUCGGCUAUCCCCGGUGCGCCUGUCCCGAACACUGCGGCUCACAGGCCGUCUGAUUUGAGACGAUCUGUUUCAGCGUCUGUUGGUCCUGUGGCUGAAGGUGAGGAGUCGGCUGAUAAUUCUCCUCCCGGACUUUCCUACAGUGCAUCUGGUAUGUCCAUGGGCAGCCAACAGCAUAAGGAUGUUGUCGAUUUGUCUCGACAUGGUACGCCACUGUCCAAUGUAGAUGGGAGCCCGGCACUGAACCCCAUGGCCCUUCAGCCAGCCUUCGGAGACGAGCUUUCUCAUGACGGUGUCAUCAAAGACCACCGCCGUACCCUGUCUGGCCCAAGCGGCGUCAUUCGACGGGCUCGUUCAGCUACUGUGAUGGAGCUUGGCCCGUACCCCCAUAAGUCUCACUCAUGCCCAAUUCCAACCUGUGGUCGACUCUUCAAACGUCUCGAGCAUUUGAAGAGACACGUCCGAACGCACACUCAAGAGAAGCCUUACAUUUGUCCCCAUUGCAGCAAAGCAUUUUCUCGAUCCGACAACCUUGCACAGCACAAACGUACCCACAGCCGCGAAGAUGGUGGCGAGGGUUCUUUCAAUCUCUCUGCCGAGGAGGAAGAGGAAUACUCGGGUGAAGAUCAACUCGGCUCUGUCGAGGAGGCAUCCCCUACUUCUGAGGCUGCAUACGUUCCUACAUCUCUUAAUGCCGCCGCCAAUGAAUCCGUCUCAUCAAAUAGCAUCAGCAACGCCAACAAUAGCGCCAUGCACCAGCCUCAGACCUUCAACAGCUUGCAAACCCUCAGCAUGCCAAUGACGAUUAGCCAACCAGCUACGAUUAACGCCAGUGGCAUGAUGUAA